CCGUAACCCAACCCCCUUGUACGGAGGUUGAAGAAGUAGACCAGAAGAGCUUAGCGUUUCUGAUGAAGAAAUCAGCGGUGCUAUAUCACUAUCCAUGCCCAGAUGGUGCAUUCGCUGCUUUGGCAGCUCAUCUUUACUUCUCAGCUACUUCUCUUCCUGCUCUGUUCUUUCCCAACACUGUCUAUAACCCCAUCAGUAUCCAACAGCUUCCUCUUCAUGAAAUCGAUGAUCUUUAUCUCCUUGAUUUUGUUGGACCUUCUGGUUUUGUGCAACAAAUCUCGUCCAAAAUUAGCAGAGUGGUCAUAUUGGAUCACCAUGAAACUGCACUGAAGAUGCUAGGCGGAGGCAGCGAAGGCGAAACUUUGUUGGGUAAGAAUGUGAAUGCAGUUUUAGAUAUGGAAAGGAGUGGUGCUAUGAUUGCUUAUGAUUAUUUCAAGGAGAAGCUUGUUGGGAUUCCUAAUCAGAAUCUCAUCUCUGAGUUCAAUCGUCUAAGGCGGAUUUUUGAAUACAUAGAAGAUGCAGAUAUUUGGAGAUGGAGACUUGAAAAUAGCAAAGCUUUUAGCAAUGGGUUGAAAGAUUUGAACAUUGAAUUCAAUGUUCAGUUAAACCCCUCCUUGUUUAAGCAGUUACUUUCUUUGGAUCUGGAGCAUAUCAUUACUCAAGGGAUGAUGAGCUUAUCCAUCAAGCAAAAGUUAAUAAAUGACACCCUUGAUCAGUCAUAUGAAAUUGCACUCGGGGGUGGAGCUUUUGGACAUUGCUUGGCUGUUAAUGCAGAUUCCAUAUCAGAGUUGAGGAGUGAAUUGGGACACCAGUUGGCUACCAAAAGCAGUGAUCAAAACCUGAGGGCAAUUGGAGCUGUUGUGUAUAGAGUUCCAGAGCUUGAAAAUGACCAGCUGUUGAAAGUCAGCUUAAGGAGCUUGCCUAGUGAAGACACAAUACCCAUCUCACAGGAAUUUGGUGGUGGUGGUCACCGUAGUGCCAGCUCUUUCAUCAUAAGUUUUGCAGAAUUUGAGAAUUGGAAAGUCAGCAAACGUGCUUGAUUUUACUCAAUUCUCUGGUUUCUUUUAGGCGCAAUUUAUUUUCAAAAAAUAAAUUAUAAAUGUAAUAUUCUUUAAGAAAAUAACUUAUUUUUCAUAUGUAAUUGUGUUAAUAAGAUUUUCAAAAUCCAGAAAAUAAACUCUUCUUUUGAAAAA